AUGAAAAUAAUACAUUUUUAUUUAGUCUUUGUCUUUUUCCUGCUGUCGGCGGUUUCAACGACCUACGCCUUAAUCCCUAACACUAAAGUCAACACGUAUCCCAAAUCCACCGAUGAAUGCACUUUGGUGGAAGGAAUUACUUACAACAUCGUACAUUUGCCGUCAGCUAGAAAUCUAGACAGCAAUGGCGACAAAGUUGAGAUAAGUACACCUGAUCAUAAUUCCAAGGAUAACCCGUAUCAAUAUUGGGUAUUGCGAAAAGCCAACAGUAUCAUAUAUCCGCUUGAGCUUGUAUUGUAUAAUGUCAUACAUGCGCAAUCGGGUUUGAAUUUAGACUCGGACGGUAAAAAAAUUGGUAUCAGUUCUACAAAGCAUAACUCUAUAUCCAACGCAUUUCAACAUUGGAUGAUUGUAAAAAAUGGUCCAAACGUAUAUAACAUCGCUCAUAUGACGUCAGGACUUUUGAAUAUUGAUAGCAAUGGAAAAAAUAGUUUGGAGAUUAGCCUCCCCGAACAUAACUCCAGGGAAAACCCUUAUCAACAAUGGAAAUUUAUACCGAGAAAUUUCAAGCUCACCGCAAAUAUCACGGACUUCACAUACCCCACAGAUUUAGCAACUAGUCAGGAAAAGUACAAGACGCGAACCAGCCUUUUUACCGGUAAUUAUGUAAUUCAAAAUCCAACCAAGGCGGUCGUGGAGCAAACCAUCGAUAAGACCGAAAUAAAAUCCAAUAAUUAUACUUUGGAAAUAAAAAAGUCACAGUCUUUCACUAUUACCGAGGAGGAUAUCGUAACGGUGAAUCUUGGUGCAACUCUUAAAAUGUUAAACAUAAAUACCUCUUACCAAAAGGGAAUUACGGAAUCUGUGACCAAAUCAUUUGAGGAAACAUACAAAGAAUCAAUAUACGAAGAGGUUUCGUAUCGUAUUCAACACAAGGUUACGGUACCACCACAGACCUCAAUAACGGUUGAUGCUACGGUGGAUAAGAUUAAUAUGGAAAUACCAUUCACAGCAAAAAUUCGACUCAGCGCUCAAGCGGAUAGGAUGGAUGAGAGUGGGAAAAUAGUUCCAAUGGUUGACGUCGACACAAAUGCUUUUGCAUGCUAUCUUCAACAAGAAGAAUAUAAUACCACAAAUGCAAUAGUGGAAGGAAACGCUCUAAUUAUUAACACGAGUGGUAUCUUAUCAAUAGACGCUUAUGGAUUAGAUUCAAGAAUUACAACAAAAGAAAUGAAGCAGUAG